AUGCUGGGGAUCCGAAAGACGAUUUCUCCUAUGGACAUCAAAACGGAACAUGCGUGUUGUUGCGGGAAUGUAAGGUUUAUACUGACCGAAGAACCCGCAAGGAGUGAACCACCAAAGGAAAUCGAAGUCGAGGAAUCGUCUGCACAUGGAAUAGUCAGAGUGAAGUACAGAGAAUUUGUACUGGUUGAGGAGGGUGGGAGAAACCACGCGGUUUAUAAGUGUUUGCUUUGCAAUAAAGUGGUCGGCGUCUGCUUCAGUAACAACGAUGUGUUCAUCCCUAAAUUUACGUGUCAAGCCGAUCUUCAAUACAACGAGACGUAUCAAAUCGCGCUACCAAACAUCCCUAUCACUGACUUUGCAAAGCACAAGAUCGACAGAAACAUGAAACUGGAACUCCUCGAUGUCAAGCGUAAAAAGACUGACCAACUGUACAAAGAGAAAGAGGAGCGAAUUCGUGAGUUUGUGAAGGAAGAGGAGAGGAAGUUUGAAGAGGCGCAGAAAAGCGUUGAGAAUGAUUUCAACUGGAUUUGUUCGCAAGUACUCCACACAGAGGAAGAGAUGAAGUCGGCGCACAUACCAAGGCUCGAGAAGUGUUCCAGACUGAUCCAUUCCGAGGAACUCACCGAGACCAACCAACUCUUUUAUGAAUUUUGA